AUAAAAGUGAUGGGCGAGAAGAUUAUUAGAUUUUUACACAUGUUCAGUUCCUUGUAGCGAGAAUGUACUUCUACGACGUACUCAUUGAGCCUAAAAAGUAGCUUGCUUCAAUUUGAUUUUCGACUGAUACCUUUUACUUCGAUGUUGAUAUGACCCCCGGUGUUGUGUUGAGUUCAUGAAAAACUCUACUGAUCCGGAACAUCGCGAAUAUACUCUAGUUCUAGUAUCCUCAUGUUCUUAUUCAACUUUCUCCUAGUGGACCUGGUAGUUGCUUCAGGAUAGGGAGUGAUAGGUCAGAAGAUAGAGCGACGAAUUCUCUAGUUCCAGAUCAGAAUUCAAUAUGGACGUAUCUGGGAUGACGAUGCGGCCAAGCCCGUGGGCCAACUGGGCUGAGUGGACGCAGGUCUGCGAGCAGUUUUUUCCCUCUGCUGAGGUCGGCACCUUGACAUGGCGGGAGAAUGUCGAGAAUGCACUUGUACAAACAGAGCAAUGGCGGGCACGCAGCAGCAUUCCGGUCGCAGUUUGUGGGACGGCGGCACUUCUAGAGGCAGCGCUAGCGGACAAAACCUGCUUCAAGCAACGCACUGCGGCAGGAACACCUCCUGAGGAUGACGCUCCACAUAGUACGCACGUUUCUGAGUAUUCCGUGCGCAGCCUCUAUAGUUUGGCUAUAGUGCGUUUCGUGAAUGGGCUGGCAGAUGCGCGUCAGGGAGGAAAGUAUGCGAUGCCUGUGCACACUUUAUGGCACGAGAUGGGUUGGCCGACGUGGAUCGUCGAUUUGCGACACCAAGCGACGCAUGGCGCUCUGCCACGGCUACCGAUUCUGCGUCUGGCAGCACAACAGUUGCUGGGACUGCUGCAAGAGCGAUACUGGGAUGCGCAGCGUCGCAAAAUCCCACGGAACGAACGCUUUCUCGUGUCUGGAAAUACGGACAGCAUUUCUGUGGCAGGAGCAGGAGCAUCUAGAGAAGAAGGCGCUGAAGAAUUCGCGAAUGGCUUGGAAAGCUUCUUGUCGAACGAGUUGCAAAUCUUGUCUUGCGCGAAGUCAGCGGACGCGGAAGAAAAUCAGAUGGACAACAUUAAUCCUGGAGGAUCGCCGACUGGUAAAAAGAGGAAAAACGAUAACAAGAACAAGGGGCAGGGCAAGCGACCACCUUCAGCAAGCGACACGACACAGAAAAAAUUGUCUUCAGACAGGAAGAAAAAGUCGUCCGACGGCAAUGAGUCCUCUGCCAGAAAGAAUCGACUUGAGAAGCUACUAUCUGCGGAUGCUGUUGCCACCAGCGCUCUCUUUGAUGCGAGCAAACCCGAACAGUUGGUGCACGUGAUCGGAAACCUUUUUUUGAGUGCUGCUGUUAGCGAGACGACGCCUCGGGAUCACAAACAGGAGAUGAGAGCGUCUACAUUCAGAAACAAGAGGCAACCCUCGAAAAUGCUUCCAUAUCUUACGACGCUACUUUCCGAAAUGAUAGAAGUUGUCGACGACCGAUCAUGCGGAGCGGCCGCAACGGCCCUGUUGCAUUGGAUCACAGAGCAAAAUCCGUCGGCUGCUGGCGUUUCUCCUUCUACUUGCGUGGAUUCCUUCAGUCAGAUGGUUCGCAAUUUGAUGACUCAGUCGGACCGGUUCUCUGCUUGUUGGACUGAGGCGGUGGGCAUGUCGCUCUUCACCACGCUUUCUUCUGAUUGCAUUCUUUACCUCAGUAAACAAAAGUUGCUCGUCGGUGACAGAAAAGCGCGUGAAAAUCAUCGCGAGCUUUGCGCGUCCGAUUUGCAGAGCCGCAUGGCGACAGCGAUAGAAGAAUCUUCGAAUCAUGUUGCGGAUGAUGUUGCUGAGGAGAAUAAUACUGUUAAAGACUCAUCUCCUUGUGGUACAACAUCUACUGCUAUGCCACACAUAGGUGGUGCACCCUCUCUAGAGGAGCUCGAGGCUGGGAUUUUUUCUGAACCAUCGUUAAAGCGGUGUCGUGUGGACCUCGAGUUCGUGUGGACACCGCCGAGGCCCGGACCUCUACUCUCGAGGACCGGUGUAAACGCAGAGAAAACUACGAAAAGGAGGUCGACUGACAGCGACAGAGGCAGACUUUGUUCCGACAACUCUAUAAUAGUCGAUGAGGAAGCAAGCGAUUCUGAGAAAAACGAGGUCGCAAUGGAACAAGUGGAGGAGACGUCGGCUCAGCAUGCAGCUACUUCUCCUGCCCCGGAAGAAGAUCUGUCGCCUUCUAGUGUGUGCACGACGUUUUUUGAUGCAAAGCCUGAAGUAGAAGAAAAAAGUGAUUCGAAGCCGAUUGAUAUUGGCAUUUUUGAGAAGCUCACGCCGUUCAUCUGAGACAGGAAUACGUGUUUUGUGUGGCCGCAAUCGACGGUAAUCGCACUCGCGACCACCUCUACCUGGUGUGUGCACUCAGGGUCUUCUAACGUAAUGCCUCCCCAUUAAGAUAUGAAGUACGACUUUCAAAUCAACUCCUGAAUUUACGAAUCGUCUGACAAGCUUUCAAAUUAUAACCAAAUGGAUCAUGAACAUGAUUCUUUCUUGAUUAAUG